AUGCCUCCACAUCUGAAGUACCUUGUGGGCGGCGUGUCGUCAACGUUGAUUUUCAGCCGACGACAUUCAACCUCGGACGACCGUAUCGGGGGCCUCAUCACCAUAGUGUUUGUUCAAGACUCGAACGAUAGUACCCAAUGGCAACGUCAGGAAGCUCAACAAAACAUCUGCAAAAUCACCAUCGGCCUCCACAUAAAGAACCUUAGUCUUUUGCUUGUUUAUAAUGGCUUUCAAGAACACAACAACAUUGCAAACAGAGUUACCGAUAAUUGCAACAAGAAGCAUAUGAGACUUGACAACAAGGCAAGUAGAGCUCCGUCUACUAAAUCAACAACUGGAGAAGUUACCAUUAAUACAGUAUGCUUUGCCGUAUAA